AUGAGUCUGCUGUUAGAAUCUGAAGCGCAGUUCACAGCGAGGGCACGAGAGAUUGGUCUGAGCCCAGAUGCCAUUCAGGCCAUCAAAGAUGCAGGUGCAAAUCCUCAAGACGUAGAUGGGUUCUUGAGGAAUGCACUGGGACGAGAUCCUUCACUGGCUGAGAACGCACAUGUUAGGAGAUUGGCCUUUGAGGCCCAAACUUUGUUGGUUGCAAGCCUGCGACAGGUUAUUGAUAGCAAGGAUGACGGUGCACCGAAACGCAUUGGUGCUGCUGAGCGCGAGACCAGAAUGGCCUCAACACGGGCUGAAUUGGGAGGACUCACAAUUGCCGAUGAAAACGAGCCUUCUCACAUGCUGUCGGAGAAGGCCUGUCAGAUCCAUGAGACCAACACCUUGAAGUACCUUGAACCAUCAGCUUGCACUUCGAGGAGCCAAGAAGUACAAGGCAGCUCUAAGACCAAGGCGAUGGCAAGGCGUGGAAUUGCCUUCAAGUUUGCACGCCUCAUGACCUAUGAGCAGCAUAACACUUGGGUCAGCUUCCUUAUGCAGUCAAUGCAGCGCGAGGCUCCACCAGGCUACAACAGGCCUUCUUUACAUCAAUGCCUUGUGACAAGGCAGCAUUCACUCGAUUGGGGUCUAGCAUGCGAUCAGUACGCCAAGCUGCAGACCAAUCCUUUCCGUUGGGGACCAUGCACUCUGCUGGAGCUGAGGGUCGAUCCUACGAUUGCCUUGUACCUGGCCCCACUUGCCAGGGCGCAGAGCUCACAGGUGUCAACACAGAGGACUGGGCCUUACUCAUCAGCGCCCAAGCCUGCAAGCGCUGGAACUUUUGAGAAAAAGGGAAAAGGAAAAGGAAAAAAGGGCAAAACGCCCCCCAUGCCUGUUGAGGAGCGAAACAAGUGGCAUCGCACGGCAAAUGGUGACCCGCUGUGCUUUGGAUACAACACAUCGAAUCGCUGCGAUUUGGCACGAGAUGGAGAACGUUGCAGCAAGGGGUGGCACCUGUGCGCAGACCCUGGUUGUUUGCAGCCACAUGGAUUGCAAAGCCACCCGAAAAAAGCUCUUGACAAACAACAAGAGACUGGACAGGGUAUGUAG